GCACAGUGUGAGAGGAGGACAAAAAGAUGGAUGAAAUAGAUGUCAUGUUUAAUCACCUGCUCGAGGAGAUGGGCGAUCUGACUCAGAGCCUGGUCAAGGUUGUGGACAAAGGUGCCGAUCCAGAGGCUAACUCCUCUGCAGCUUCAGAUCUCAGUGAGCCUCUAAAUAACUUGGAUAACUCUGAGUCAGACAAACUUGUGGCUCAACCAGAAGAGACUGCCCCAAUAGACAACCACACUGCUACAUGUGACCCACCUCUUCCUUCAUCCUCAUCUGUUACAUUUGCAUCACCUGCUAAUCUUGUCACGCACACACUUGAACCAGUGGAAGUUCAAAACAACCUGUCAGCACCAAAACUCACAACACUGCAAACGGCAAACAAUGAAAAACCACAAGUGAUGAUUAUAAAGGUGUGGAUGUCAGAUGGCAGCACCAAGACCCUAAUGGUGGAGGGGGCACAGACAGUGAGAGACGUUCUGUAUAAACUAUUUGACAAAACUUACUGUGACUGCGGCACUGAAUGGAGCCUGUGUGAAAUCAACCAGGAACUGCACACCGAAAGGAUUUUGGAGGACCAUGAGUGUGUUGUGGAGUCUCUCUCAACUUGGACAAGUGGGACUGGCAACAAACUGUAUUUCCUGAAAAGACACCAGAAACAUGUCAUGUUCACACAGCCCCAGUUCUUUUACAUGUGGAAGAAGUCGUGUAUGAAAACCAUAUCUGAGCAAGAGCAACAACUUUUGCUCAAGGAGAACUUUGAGGGUUCAACAGCAGUAGUUCCUGAUCUUGAAGGCUGGUUGUACCUAAAGGAUGAUGGGAAGAAAGUGUGGAAGCCACGUUACUUUGUGCUCAGGGCGUCAGGGCUCUACUAUGUACCCAAAGGAAAGACCAAGUCUUCCAGUGACUUGGCCUGCUUCAUCCGUUUUGAACAAGUGAACGUCUACUCCACUGACGGCUACAGGCUGAGAUACAGAGCCCCCACAGACUACUGCUUUGUACUGAAGCAUCCUUGCAUCCAGAAAGAGUCUCAGUAUGUGAAGUUUCUUUGUUGUGAACAUGAAGACUCGAUGCUGCUUUGGGUCAAUUCCAUAAGGAUAGCCAAGUAUGGGACGGUCCUCUACGAGAACUACAAGGUUGCACUAAAAAGAGCACAGCAUCCACCAAACCAAUGCAUCACCAGCUCAGACAAACUCGAUAGACAAAUUGUCAAGUUUGCUCCUACCCUGGACCCAUGCACAGAAAUAGAAGAUGAGGCUCCACCUGAUUUCAUUCCACCUUCUCCCCCUGGAUACACGGCAAUACUUUGA